AUGGGGCUGAUUAUGAGGACUGCUAGGCAUGGCCUCGGCUCUAAUGCUCUUGUACUCCUCUACAAGUCCCUUGUCCUCCAGCUGCUCGAGUACGCUUCAGUUGUUUUGGUCUCCUUACCAAGGAUUGCAAAUGUGAGCGAGUUCAUACGCCAUCACGAGCCAGCCAGGUACGACCGAGAAAGUCUACGGUGGCACCGCAGACUACGCCGAGAGAUACGGGACCGUACCCCACUACGACUUUACUUGCGAGCUCACAACAGGGAGUUUCGUUUGGUGCUAUCUCCAGACCGCAGUACGUUCGCUGAAGAUGCGGUCUUUGAGGGUACCUCGGGUCGAAGGGUGCAGUUCGAUCCAGGGAAGGCCUACAGCGGGACACUAGAAGAUGAUGAUCAGGCAGUGGUACACGGGAUAGUGACCGCCGACGGAUUGUUCGACGGCACAAUCUCUACCCGCCUGGAAGAUUUUUACAUAGAGCCUGUUGGUCGGUACCUGGAACCCUCUGAGGAUGUGGGGUACCAUAGUAUCAUCUAUCGAGCUUCGGACACUGUAAGACCAACAAGACAAAGUUGUGCGUCGGCGGAGCUGGCUGAAGGUGUCUCUCCUGACCAUUCACACUCUGAGGAGAUCUCCGAUCGGAACACAAAACCUUUCAAGAGCAGAAUCCGUCGUUGGUUUCCCUUAGACGAACUAGAAUCUUCAAGGACUAUAUCUAGAUUUAACAAGUCAGAAUUGAUCAAUCAGUGGCCAAAUAAUCGGCAUAUCAUUGUAAAUAGUCCGAAUACGGUGUACCAUUUUGGUGCCAACAGAACCGAACCUACUUCCAACAAAGUACACGAAGAAAUCGUGCGUGAUUCUUUAGAUAGUAUUCGCAUCAUCAAAGUUCCUGGGGACAUUUCUAUUUUGACAAAAGUGAAGGGGAAUGAUUCAAUAAUUCCACACUAUCCGAAGACUAACCACUACAAUCCUCCAGUGGAUAGAAGUCUGUAUCCCAAGAUCCUCGUAGGCACGGGACCCACAGAUGAUAAUGGGAUCUUUGACCCCGAUGAUCUAUUAGCGAGACAGCAACACAUCCACAAGAGAGCUACUAUUGACCCUAAGAAGACCACUUGUAUGUUGUACCUUCAAGCAGACCAUCUCUUCUUUCAGAGGUAUGGAACUGAAGAGGCUUGCAUAGAAGUGAUGACACGUCAUGUCCAAAGAGUAAACGCCAUUUACAGAGUAACAGACUUCAAUCAAGAUGGGAAACCAGACAACAUAAGUUUCAUGAUCAAGAGAAUCAAAGUUCACUCAACGGAGGCUCUGCAGGAUUCAAAGUAUCGUUUCCCAGGCAACUACGGAGUUGAAAAGUUUCUAGAGCUUUUCUCAGAAGAAAACUAUGAUGCUUUCUGUCUGGCCUACAUGUUCACAUAUCGGGACUUUGAGAUGGGAACUUUGGGCCUUGCGUGGACAGGAGAUCUCAAGAAUGCAGGUGGAGUCUGUGAGAAAAAUGGGCACUAUCGAGGCAGUAUGAAGAGUCUGAAUACGGGGAUAGUAACACUACUCAACUACGGCAAACACGUUCCUCCGGCUGUCUCUCAUGUGACUCUAGCCCAUGAGAUUGGCCACAACUUUGGAUCUCCUCAUGAUCCAGAUAGUUGCACUCCUGGUGGAGAAGAUGGCAAUUACAUAAUGUUUGCCAGAGCAACAUCAGGAGACAAGAAAAAUAACAACCAGUUCUCUCCAUGCAGUCUGAACAGUAUCAACCCUGUGUUGAAUGCUAAGGCUCGCUCACCAAAGGGCUGCUUCACAGAACCUCAAGCAGCGAUUUGCGGAAACGGAGUGGUGGAAGAAGGUGAACAGUGUGACUGUGGUUGGGAGGAUGACUGCAGAGACAGCUGCUGCUAUCCACAGCGAGGCUAUCCUCCACCAGAUGAGCCUCCCUGUCACCUCACACCCAACAGUCUCUGUAGCCCAUCUCAGGGACCCUGCUGUACAUCUGAAUGCCAGCUGAAGUUUGGGGAUAAGUGUCGUGAUGACAACGGCUGCAGAGACUCCAGUUUCUGCGAUGGCCGUGGACCUUAUUGCCCACCCUCCAUCAACAAACCCAACAAGACUGUCUGCAAUGAUGAGUUUGUCUGCUUUAUGGGGGAGUGUACUGGUUCCAUCUGUCUGGCAUACGGUCUGGAGUCCUGUCAGUGUAUUCCUCAACCGCACGAGCUCCCAACCAAAGCCUGUGAGCUUUGCUGCAAGAUGCCUGGAGAAGAUCAACCCUGUUUGUCAUCCUUUGUAUGGAACAGCGCUCCAUAUGAUAUCCCAGACAUGUUCUCCAAGCCUGGCACCCCCUGCAAUGACUACAAUGGCUACUGUGAUGUCUUCCAAAAGUGUAGAGAGGUGGACCCGUCAGGACCUCUAGCCACCCUACGUAAACUUCUACUGUCAGAAGAGAGCAUAGCUUCUUUCAAGCGGUGGAUAUUGGAUCGUUGGUAUUACGCAGCCCUCAUCUGCGCCUCAGUCAUCCUUAUACUGGUGUUAAGCACUCGGCUACUUGGGAAGACAACCGACUUGAAACUGAAAGCCAUAACAAUCAUUCACAGCUCAACGACAGAGACAGUUCGUCUUCCUCUGGACUCAGAUGGGACGAAUGUUGUAGUACACCCAGCAGCUGUGAGGAGCAAACUUCCUCUCAAGCAGAGAGUGCAUGAAGCAAAUCAUCGACGGCGAGGAAAGGAAGUAGCAAAGAAAGGAAAGAUACAAGAUUCUACUAAAACUACUGACAAAGGUGAUGAAGCUACAGUUCCUUCCCCGAGGAAAGUGCAGAAAAAGGUAAUUGUCAAAAAGAAGAAGCCAGUAAAGGUUAAGAAGAAAAAGAAAGAAAUAAUAGAUUAUAGUGCGGUUCAAGAGAAAGCAGCAGGAAAGACACCUGAAGAAGAUCCACUAGGUAAAGUAAGGAAUUGGUUGUUGAAUUCUCAUAAUAUUGCUGGAUCUUUGGCUGUAAGAAAGUCAAAGUCGUCACCUGCAGGAUUUCUACAACCUGAUGCCCAAACUCGUAGUCCUGUUAAAGUCCACCGUCCUAACACAAGACCAAGUGAGCAGAGGGGAAAAUCAGGAAGUUUAGAUGCAAAUGGCAAAGAACAAGUGAAACUUCAAGUUGUGUAUAAACCUCCUUUUAAGUUUAGUGUUAAACUGAAGAAACCGACAGAAGUGGCAACAAAUGUUGUUAAGGAGAUUAAUUCAAAAGUAAACCAAAGGAAUCGUACUGCUAUUUUGGUUAAAAAUGAAAAGGAACGUAAACAUAACCAAGCAAAGAGAAAGCCAAGGACAGUCAGCUGUGAUCCAGUCAAAGAAACAAAACCGAAUACUAAUUCAAAUAAUUUGAAACCGAUAAGUGAAGAUUUAGGUAAUGGGUCCAAGAAACAGCAAUAUAAAGACAAUUCAGCACCAGAAUUAAAAACUUAUGACACCAAUGAAAAAAUUGAAAGACUGAUUUCUGUUGACAAAACUGAACCUGUAUAUCAAAAUACACCUAUUUAUCAGAACACCCAUGACAUGGCUAGUCCAAUCAAACCACCUGAAAAUUGUCCUAAAAUAGACUUACUGAGAAUGACCUCAGUUGAAGGCAUAAACCAGUCUCAAGUGCCCCUCCCUCCAGAGAAGUGCAAACCACAGAAAAUCACACGUCAUCAUUCUGUUGACGGAAAAAGUAAGGGCAACAUUUCUUUGGAUGGAGGUAGAAAGAGAAGAGGAGAUAGAUUGGAAGAUACUUACAAGAGGAACAGCCUUGCAACUGAUAAGUGUAUGGACCUUAUGAAAUUUCCCUAUACUGAUAAACCUGAAAAUGCCAAUAUGGUUGAGCCUAUGAUAUUAAAGAGACAUUCAGUUCCUCUUCUUGAUUCUGAUUUAGAUUCCAACCUCCACACGGUGCCGUCCGAUAUGGAAGUGCUACUUUCAGAGAGUGAAUAUUUAUUUUCAGAUGCGUGACAAAUAAUUUUGACACUAAUGAGGAUGUUUAUCCUAUAAAACAUUGAUGAAUAACAUUGCAAUUUGAUAUUAAUACUAUUUUAUAUACUUGUAUAAUAUAAUCCUGAACACGCUUACAGUGCCCAUAAACUAUCCCGUGGAUGUGAAUUUUGUUUUUAAUAUUUUAUAAUUAUUUAGCUUUGAAUAAAUUUUUGCAAAAAAUAAAAAAAAUAUUUGCUGUAAAGAUUUUUAUGAUUUAAAAACAAGUUUUGCAUUACGGGAUUUCGAUUAAUCAUUAGGGAUGGACAGGGAAUAACAGUUUGACCAGUUAAAUUAAUUGUAUUGGUUGAUGGGAAAACUCACUCAUAUUGAUAUAUUAUGAAAUAAACGCAUAGGUUGAUUUCAUUUCACAGACACAUUGAAAUAGUAUAAUUUCACCAACUGAAUGAUAACUGCAAAUUUCAAUCUAAGUAAAUUUGUAUACAAAUGUUAUUAUAUGUCCAGAUUCAUUACAUAAAAGUUCUUAAACUAAUAUCUUCUGAAUAGUGAUAAGUUAAUGAUUUUUAAAAGUUGUGUGUAUUUAAUAAAAAUAUAGCAUAAGCUUGUGUGUUUGUUGUAGACUUUUAUCAAUAAUCGUGUAUCUUAUAUAACCGGAUGUCUUAUUCUACCUAAAAUUUCUAACUACCUGUCUGUCCCUAUAAUAACCAUUUGUUAGUACUGACCUUCAUUAUAGUUUUUUAUUGUUGUUGAUCCUUCAUUAUGUGAUAAAAAUAAUGUUAACAUUCCAAAAUUACAACAUUUUUAUUAAUUUAUUUAGUUUUAGGUUAUUAGGUUGUAAACAUAAUAUCUAAGGCCAAAUAAUCAUAAUAACAUUUGCUAAAAUUUAUUAUGUUGUAUUCCAAUGUAUUGAGAUAUAUUUAACUGUGUUACAUUAUUGUCUCAAAGCAGUGUAUGUAAUUUUCCUUGGUCUUUCUUUUUAGAUUUAGUAACUAAGCGUAUUCCUUGAAAGUUACCUGUGAUAACAUUUCUGGAAACUUUUUACAGAGUCAUUUUUAUAAUGUUGUUGAUGAGUUUGUUUUAUUGUGAAUUGCCAAAAAAAUCUUCCAAAAAAGUGUGUCAAAUCAUCAAAAGUUAUUCCUGCAUUUUAUGUACAAUGUUUGGAGAGUGUUUUUCAACUUCUAUUUUUGAUGAAAUUUAUUACUUUUUACAGCUUUAAAUAAAAAUCUGUACACUUCAAUGUUUUUAUAAACAACAGAAAAUAUUGUAAAAAUUAAUUAGAUUCACAAAGAUUUGCUUACAACAAUGCAAUUCUUUUGAGGGUUUUGAAAUUUUGAGCUUAUAAUAACCUAUAUGAUUUCAAAAUGGGAAAGUUAUUUUUAUGUAGUCUAAGUGUCAAGUGGAUGUACCAAACACAGAAGAAAGGUGUUGAUCAAACCACCCAAAGUUGUGUGUUUUGUGAGUCUGUAAUGUAUUGUAUGUUUCAGUACUUAUAAUGAAUAAAUUAUACAUUUAUGGCCUUUUUA